AUGCCGCCCCGGAUACCCUGCAACAGCUGCCAGACGCAGCAGCUGUUUUUAGCUAGUCUUGAGACAGCUACCUCAAAGAGUGUGGUGCCGUCGGCGAGCCUGGCGAUCCGCUCAGCAGCACAAUGCCCCUCAACCACGAGCUGCGGCAACCGCCGCGUCUUCUCGACUACUCUCGCGAAGGAAGCCCGCACUAAGCCUACCGACAAACUGCUCUUGAAGGGCAAGCAGCCAACGCUCCAGAAGCGCCUAUUCCUCGAGUGGAUCGAGAAGUUUGAGCGGUUCCGUGAACCUUCCGAAAUGAACUACCUCUCGCGCGUUAUCAAGAACUGGGAGGGCCAGCCCGUUGCCCCGAACCAGCCGUUCCCGUGCAACCCGGACUUCCGCUCCGAACCGGUCCUAUCAGAGGCUGCGCGCGAGAAGAUCUGGCACGCAGUUAUCAAGAAUGGAAUGCCGCUUAAGGCGGUAUCGGCCCAGUAUGGUGUCGAUAUGCGUCGUGUUGCUGCUGUGGUGAGGAUGAAGGAGAUUGAGAAGCAGUGGGAGCGCGAGGGCAAACCUUUGGCGAUCCCUUACGCUAAGGCCAUGAUGAAGAUGCUGCCAAAGGCAGAGCUCAAUCCGGGAGACCCGCCAUUUGAGCCCAUCAACGAUAUCCACGUCCACAGCUACACAAUGCAGCAGCUUUUUGUGCCAGUAUCCGAAUCCCGGCACUUUACUCGUGAGGACGCAGCCAAGGCCUUUGGCGACCACAUUCUGCCGCCGGAUGCUAAGAUGCGUAUUCCUGAGCUGGUCUCCAUGGAAAAGCGCAUCGCCGAGGGUAUGGACGCGCGCGACGCGCAGGCGCUUUUCAUCCAAGAGGCUGCCGAGAGCGAGCGCAAGCUGGCUGAGCGCGAGCAGGCUCGUCUGCGUGCAGAAGAAGCACGCCGCAUUCGCGUCCAGACCAACCGGUUCGAGUUCCGCUUCGAGCAGAUCAAUGCUGAAGAAGUUGGUCCAACUGGUCGGGCGCGGAACGCUGUUGGUUGGCGCUACGGUGUGCCCUUCUAUGAUCGCAGGAGAGGUGAAGUCAAGAUCCCAACAAAGGUCGAGUAA